AUGAACUACGACAGUGAUCAGCAGCAGCAACUGGAUGGGACUGACCGUUUGGAGCGUCCCAUGCUAAAGUUGGGACCAUUCGAGCCGCAUUCUCCGGGAGGAUACGGUGACCAGUACGGAUAUCCUUCGCCGAUCACUCCAGUGACCCCGAACACUCCACUUGUGUGCUACACACCGAAAAAUCGAGUACUUCGGCCGGGCGUGAAUCGAAAGUACCGGAAAAGGGCCAUCCUGAAGAAUGGCGACUGCAACGUGGUGCUAUCGAGACCACCGAGGCAACAUCUGCGAUUUCUUCAGGACAUCUUCACGACGCUCGUCGAUGCCCAGUGGCGAUGGACGUUGCUGGUGUUUGCGUUCAGCUUUAUCGGCUCGUGGCUGUUUUUCGGCGUCAUCUGGUGGUUGAUUUCCUACACUCACGGUGACCUUGAGGAGCUUCACCUGCCCGAUAACCAGUCUGAGAUCGGUUGGAUACCGUGCGUGUACAACAUCUACUCGUUCACUUCGGCGUUUCUGUUCUCGAUCGAAACGCAGCACACGAUCGGGUACGGUGUGCGCACGACAACGGAGGAGUGUCCGGAGGCCAUAUUUGUGAUGUGCUUCCAGUCGAUCUACGGCCUCAUGAUCCAAGCGUUCAUGGUGGGGAUUGUGUUCGCUAAAAUGACUCGGCCAAAGCAACGCAGCCAGACGCUUCUGUUCUCCAAGAAUGCCGUAGUGUGCCAGCGGGACGGUGAGCUGUGCCUAAUGUUCCGGGUCGGCGAUAUGCGCAAGAGUCAUAUCAUCGGUGCGUCGGUCCGGGCGCAGCUGAUAAGAACGAAAACGACGCGCGAGGGUGAAAUGAUGGCGCAGUACCAGCACGAGCUAGACGUGGGCUCGGACGGUAGCUCGUCGGAGCUGUUCUUCAUCUGGCCACAGAUUGUGGUGCAUCGGAUCGAUAAGGACUCGGCGCUGUACAACUUGUCCGCGUCGGAUAUGCUUCGCGAGCGGUUCGAGAUUGUCGUCAUUCUCGAGGGAACGGUCGAAUCGACCGGGCAAUCGACUCAGGCCCGCUCGAGCUACGUCAACACGGAGAUCCUGUGGGGCCACCGGUUUGAGCCCGUCGUUUGCUACAACAAGGAACAGCAAGGAUACGAAAUUAAUUAUAGUAAAUUCGAUUCCACCCUGCAAGUCGACACGCCGCUCUGUUCGGCCCGAGAGCUGGCGGAGUUCUAUCGGGCGCAGGACGACUACCGUCCGCCAACGGAUAAUGCCGACACCGUGUCGACGAAGACGCAGCUCGAACGCCGCUGGCAGCACCACUACAGCACACUGAUGAACACGCUCAGCCAGUACAAUCUGGCGGACGAAACGGCUGGCAAUGGGCCGGACCAUUUGUAUCCCACCCGGUACCUCACGAUACAGGGCGUUCCGAGGCGGAAAAAGUCGUAUGUCGCGCUGCAGAACAAUCUGUGGAACCUGUUCGAUCAUCCACCGAAUCCACGGUUAAAGGUUUCGCCCGCCGAAGAUGCAACCCGAGCGCGAAGAGUCUCAGAUGAUGAUCCGAUUGUGAAAAGUGCAACGGUGGUGAAUGUUAAUGAAAAGUAUUCCGGAGGUUGAUCGUAGGGUUGUGUAGUUCGGGAAAAGUAUGUUGCCAGCGAGUUGCAAAGAUCUGGUAGUUUUUGAUUGAAAAGUGAAUGUGUAUGUUUAAACGAUGACUUUUACUAUGUACUUACCAACGAAUGGCUCAGUAGAGUUUGCAAGUUAAUAAUAUUAUAAUCCCGCGAUAAAAGCUGCUUGUAGAAAACUUUAGAAA